AUGCCUGGUUUGCCAAAAGAUUCUCUAUUCGAUGUCAUCGCUGGUUCUGAAGUGACAAGGGACACAGAAUCCUCUAGAAAAGCAAUUCUUGUUUAUCAGAAUGUGGGGUUUGAAGAAGAGGAGUCUGAGCUGCAAAGCUUCCAAUUGUCCACUUCUGGAACAGCAAGGGCCUCUACCUCUUCAAGAGAAUCACCAAUUCUGGAAAGCAUAGGACAAAUAGAAACUUUGCAAAUUCAAUCUCGACAACCUGAUACAGCAUCUGAACUAUCACCUUCCAUACCAAAUCAAGUACCAAAUACAGUUGAAGGGUCUAGAACAACCGGAUCAACAAUCGUAUCACGUGAAGUUCCUCGAACUCAAACCAAUUUGAAUUCGAUCAGAGUGAUUGUGUCAGAAACUAGUCCGGAAACUGAGUUUGAACCUGCAAACAAACAACGUCACUUUGGAAUUCUGCAUUACAUCGUGAAUAACCGGUUUCGUAAAAUGAUGCUCAUAGGAUUUCUAAAUCUGCUCAUUUUUGUCAUAUUCUUUGCUUCAAUUUUUCUCUUUUUUUACAUUCAAAGUCAAAGCGAAAACAGGGAAGAAGUUUCUACUAAACCAUUCAGUACUUCAACUUCUCCAGAUGUUAUUGGUGAUACUACGACAAGAACUGAUACAACAGCUCACUCACAUUCUUCUGACACUACAACAAAUCCUUUUGGUGAAUUCCUAUCCGUAUCUAAAGAUAUUGUUUUGUCUGAUUUCCUAGACCGUACGGAUUGCUCACCAAAUCAGAAGUCUACAUUUUUCUUUGCGUAUUCCAAUGAUCUCACAGCAGAUCAAGUCUUGAACACCUGGAAAUCCAUUUCAGAGAACCCAACUUUCAUUUUUGAAACCUAUGCAUUAACACGAUUUGAUAUGAUGGACAGCAGCUCUGAUUCUGUUUCAUCAUUUGAUUCAAGCCACAGUAUCAGCAAUCUUCCAAAUCCAGCAGAUUCGUUUAAAGACCCGUCACGAGGUGGCACAGUAUUGGGUAUUAUUGAUUCCUUCUUCUGUUGUGACGUGACACAUUGUGGAGCAACUCUUUUUAUUCUCACAAAACGUCUUCCUACAGAAACGCCUUCCUAUGUCGAUUACAUAGUAAACAAGCUCAAAAAAUAUCAUGCUUAUGCAACAUUCGUUGUAUCCGAGAACUCAUUUGGUGGGUUGUCACCAGAAUCAAUGUACAGAGUGGCAAGCGAAACUAAUGGACUGUGUAUUUUUACGGAAGAUGAUAGGAUUCAAGAGACACCCACUUGGGUACCAUCCAGUUGGCCUUCAUACUUGGUGUAUUCAUUCAAUGCAAAAGUUACAAAUUCUGGAAACGUGACACUUCCAAUUUUCAAUUCUCCGCAGGUUGGGAAUUACUACAUUUGCAUGACUCUACAGGAUCAUGGAUCCCUAGACACAUUCAGGAUGGUUCACUUAACUUGGUAUAAUGAAGGAUCAUCAAAUUCGGGUUCUUUUGAAGAGACUGUUGAGUCACAUACUGAUUUUGGAAACACCACGUAUACCAAUAAAGGGCCAUACACAUUAGAUGCAGUUCCUUAUAACUUGACACUUCAAUAUGAAUUUCUAGGAGAAACAACUGAAGUUCUUCAGAUCAGGAUAUACAGUGUUCAAGCGGUGGACUUCUGGGUUCCCUAUAAUAAUUGA